AUGACGAAUCUCGGGCCCUUAACUACGGCAUUCCUGCCUGCUACCGACUGCGAUUCCGUCGUCCACGGCUAUGUGCACACAGAAACGAACCCGGCGAACGCCUCCGACUCUACGACCUACAAGUAUCACAGCCUCGGGCUCACCACGACCUCGGCAUGUUUCCCGCCCGGGUUCCGCCCGUCGGCUGACGCCUUUUACUCACCCGGGAUUUGCCCAUCGGACAUGGUAUCGGCGUGUGGCUCGAUAGAGGCGAUCGGAACCAUCACGGAGACACGCGCGACCUGUUGCCCUCGUGGCUAUACCUGCAUCGCUCAAGCGGCGGCCGCAACGCCGUGGUCGACGCUCUCGUGCUCAUCCGUCGCCAUCUCUACUGUCACGGUGACCGUGCCUAACGUAGCUAACCAGGCCGAGAAAGUGACCGUGCUGGACAAGCCUCUGAUCUACGCCGCUGCCGUCAACAUCAGGUGGCAAAAGGCGGACUUUGAAACAUCCGGACCUAUACUCGCCACGCCAACCAGCACCGCUCCUUUGCGGGGCUCAACGGCUAACCCCAGCGCAGCUAGCGGGCCUGACACUGGCUUGUCCAAAGGCGCAAAAAUUGGAAUUGGGCUGGGCGUCGCUGGUGGUGUUGUUCUGCUGGGAGCUAUCAUCGCACUGCUCGUGAUGCGCGCAAGAAGGCGAGCAGAGCGAGAGCGCUUGGUGCCUUCUCAGGAACCGCACCAGUCCCCGGAGCUUGACUUGACGAGGCAUAUCGUCCCCGGCCCGCAAGAGAUGUGGAACGAGCCGAAGAUUGAGAUGGAGGCAUCGAGCAAUCCUACAGAAGUUCACGGGCAUACGAGAGCAGUGGAGCUUCAAGGAUCCUAG